CUUAACAAGAACUAGAAGACUUUGUGGUGUAUUCGUCGCUUGGUGCUCGGAUGUGUUGAACAAAGUUGACAUUUUGCAGCCAGCUACGUCGCUACCCGAAAGUGUGCAAUUUCAUCGACGUGUUCCUACAUUUGGCCUUGCUUUAGGCAUCGUUCAUGCAGUUGCACAGUUUCCGAUAGGAAAACUGCUGUUCUUGUUUGGGGACGAAGCGCAGCUUUCUCAGGCUUCAGCACAGUUUUCAUCAGCACGGUUUACUCAGGAGCUUUCACGACGAAUGCUGUCGAAUGUACCCGAUAGGGAUGUUGUUGUUGGCGGAGACGUUGGAGCAACAAAAAGUAGCGUAGAUUCUACUUUGACAAAAAAAGUAGAUGCUUCUGCGACAACAACGUCUUCUGAUAGUACGACAACACCAAUAUCUUCGAAGCAGGCAGCACUGAUGUACCAGUUUUGGUCCGAAAUGGUUUGGGAUUUCACGCCUACACCGUACUCUCUAGGCCAUGGCUUCGGCAGUAUAGCGCUCUUCGUGCUCCUUCUGAAUGUUAAGCAGCGACGCACUGAAUGUACAGC